UCCUCUGCAGGUCGGGGGAAAUCCUCGUACGGAAAUAUUAACUGCGCCGGGGAAACGUCCCAAAAGGUUUUCAAACAGAAGACAAGACGAGGAGGCAGAGAAGGACACCCCAUCCGUUGACCCACCUGAUGAUGUCACAACCCAGAAUUCCCUGACGCCAGCUCUUCUUGCACCACGGGUCACAUACCACAUUACAGCGGGUCAUUUUUGUUUUGUUCAGGUACAUUGGAGUAAACCCGCGCUAUCCGCCCCUGCCUCAACCCCAUGAUGGCUGGCUGUACCAGCCGCUGCAGGCAGGGGAUGCAAAAGCUAAUUCAGUCCCUCCAGAGACUGGUCUCAGGAACCCUCACUAAAGAUAAAGCAGAUGAUGAGCUUGAGAUGACCACGGUGUGUCACAGGCCAGAGGGUCUCGAUCAACUGGAGGCCCAGACUAACUUCAGCAAGCAGGAGCUGCAGAUCCUCUAUCGCGGCUUUAAGAAUGAAUGUCCCAGUGGAGUCGUAAACGAGGAGACCUUCAAGCACAUUUAUGCACAGUUUUUCCCUCAUGGAGAUGCAAGCACGUAUGCACAUUACCUCUUCAACGCUUUCGACACUACAAACAACGGCUCCAUUAAAUUUAAGGACUUUGUGAUGGGCUUAUCCAUUCUGCUGAGGGGAACCCUGAGGGAAAAGCUGGAGUGGACGUUUCAUCUCUACGACAUCAACAAAGACGGAUACAUAAAUAGGGAGGAAAUGACGGAGAUUGUCAGGGCCAUUUAUGACAUGAUGGGCAAGUACACCUACCCCGCAUUAAAGGGAGACGUCCCGCAGCAGCACGUGGAUGCCUUUUUUCAGAAAAUGGAUAAGAACAAAGACGGAGUCGUGACCUUGGAAGAGUUUAUUAUAGCCUGCCAAGAGGAUGAAAACAUGAUGAGAUCCAUGCAGCUGUUCGAAAACGUGAUGUAGGAGGGGCCGAAAUAAAGAAGACAAAAAAAAAAGAUAAAUAAAUAGAACACGGCCAA